AUGACACACAACCACAACUUCCGGCUGAAUGAGCGAGAGGUAGUCAAAGUUUCCAUGAUGCAGACCAAGGGGAACUUUCUGGCAGCAAAUGACCAGGAGCUGGACUGCGAUGUCCUGAGGCUGGAGUAUGUGGGGGGCAUCAGCAUGCUAAUCGUGGUCCCGCACAAGCUGUCUGGGAUGAAGACCCUCGAGACACAGCUGACGCCCCAGGUGGUGGAGAGAUGGCAGAAAAGCAUGACAAACAGGCUCAUUUCAUCUUUGCAACACCACUUCUCAGAAGCACAGAGCUUUAGCUCUGCCAAAAUGAAACGCCUCUUCCAACCUCUCAUCGUUUCUCUCAUACUAAUGUCCAUGCGUGGGAGCAACAGCCUGGCCAGUCAGCUUGAGAAAGGAGGGGAAGAUUCUCCAUCAGCAGAUCCCCAGUGGGGGCAGUUAAGUAGCAAAAACCUGAGCAUGCCCCUUCUCCCCGCCGACUUCCACAAGGAAAACACGGUCACCAACGACUGGAUCACAGAGGGGGAGGAGGACGAGGACUAUCUGGACCUAGAGAAGAUAUUCAGCGAAGAUGAUGACUAUAUCGACAUCAUUGAUGCGGUUUCGCCAACCGAUUCAGAGGCCGGUGCUGGGAACAUCCUCGAGCUCUUCCAAGGCAAGAGCCGGAUCCAGCGUCUCAACAUUCUCAAUGCCAAGUUCGCUUUCAAUCUUUACCAAGUGCUGAAGGAGCAGGCCUGUGCUUCCGACAACAUCUUCAUAGCCCCAGUGGGCAUUUCCACGGCCAUGGGUAUGAUUUCCUUUGGACUGCAGGGGGAGACCUAUGAACAAGUGCACUCGAUUUUGCAUUUCAAAGACUUUGUCAAUGCCAGCAGCAAGUAUGAGAUCAUGACCAUUCACAAUCUCUUCCGUAAGCUGACUCAUCGCCUCUUCAGGAGGAAUUUUGGGUACACACUGCGGUCUGUCAAUGAUCUUUACGUCCAGAAGCAAUUUCCAAUCCUGGAUGACUUCAAAAGAAAAGUAAGAGAGUACUACUUUGCAGAGGCCCAGGCGGCUGACUUCUCAGACCCUGCCUUCAUAUCAAAAACCAAUAACCACAUUCUGAAGAUCACCAAGGGUCUCAUAAAAGACGCUCUGGAGAAUAUAGACCCAGCUACUCAGAUGAUGAUUCUAAACUGCAUCUACUUUAAAGGUAAGAAAUAGCUUUAAGUUACUCAAAACAAACUCGUGACAUACUCUUUUAAUGUGCAGAUGGACUGAACAUCAAGAACUGUAUUCUCUAGCUCAAUUGAUCCAGGAAACCAAGACACAAGGUCAGCUCACAGGGAAGAUCAGGAUGAGAUGACGGUAGCUGCUGACGCUGAGCCCUAACUCUGUGCUUUAUGCUCACAGAAACUUCACCACAACCUUGCUAUUAGCAUCCCAUUUUACAGACAGAGCCGUCAAGGCACAGGAAGUAAAAUGAUGCUCCCAGGGCGCACAGCCAGUAAGGGACAGAGCCAAGGUUGCACCAGGCAGGCCAUCUCUAGUGCUUUGUUAAAUUGGAAGAAAAAAUGAAAAACCUUUUUAGCAUUUGGCCAUCUUGGAUUUGAGUUUUUUUCAUCUCCUCUCCCAAUUAUCAGUAAGCAGGAAUAUGGACAAGAGGCUGAAGACAGGUGUCUGAAAACUGUUCAGCUUGACUAACAUUAAUACCUGCAACUCCUUUUUGGGAUACUUGUGCACUAAUGGGCAGGAGGGGGUGGGGAAAUAAACUAUUAUUUCCAGACCAACUAUUCUGGGCCAGACAAGAAAGGAGGACAUUCCCCACCACCAUACCACUACACA